AUGUCUUUUCCGAACAAAGAAGAUCCAACAGAGGACUCUGCAGACAAUAAGGUGAACCUUCUUGACCUCAUAGUAGCACUCUUUCUUUGUGCUGACAGCUUCUUGCAACAAGAAAUGGCCCUCAAAAUGUCGAUGUGCCAGUUUUCUGUCCCACUAGUUUUACCCCAUAGCAACAAUAGUCAGAGUACCUUGAUGGUCUGGGCUCUGAGAGACAUUGUCAAAGAGUGGCGUCCACAUGAAAUGUCAAGUUCAAAAGGGUUUGUUGAAGACAACAUAGUCCAGACAGAACUACCGUUCUUCUCCUUUGUGAGACUUAAAAACUGCACUUUAUCCAAGUCCCAGUGUUUGAAUCAUAUUCUCAGCCUUGGCCAGUACAACACCAACAACAUGUUCCUACACAGAGAUAUGAAAGGAGGAGACCAUGAAAGGAAGAUUUCAAAUGGCUUGGUAGAGGUCUGCUGGUACCUUCCAUGUGGCAGAGAAAAUCUUGACACAUUUCCAAAACCAAUUGCUGUCGCCAAUCUGAGAGGAGACAUUGGUCGGUCAAUUACACAAUUCAGUUUUCUUUUUCAAGUGUCGACUGCUACCUUUGUAUUCCUGGACAAAGUUGAAGAAAACGAGCACAAGAUUCUGACAUCUCUUCAAGAUGUGAGAUCUAAACUGUACUUGGUUGUGAACAAGGCUGAGAAUGCCAGAGAGGACAUGAUGACUGUCAAGAACACAGUCAAAGAAUUAGAUUUACCAAAGAGCAGUGUGAAAAUCAAAGACCCACAUGUAAAUAUGGUCAGAUUUUCGGAGAAACUUUGUGUAACCAUCAAAAAAUCCAUGACAAAUGAAAAAAUGACGAUAAAAAUCGAAAACAUGCUUGACAAGGCAGUUGAACUUGGUCUGUCUCAGGAUGAAAGCACAAGUGAACACCAAAGAAGGUUGCUGAGGAGAUUGCAAAAGGAAUUGGUGUGCGACCUAUACCAGAGUACAAGAACAAAACACUUCCUUUACAAGGAGUUAACUGGAAAAAGUUAUCACAGUUGGAAAUGGAAGAAUGUAGGUUAAAAAAUUGCAGUGAGCUUAGACUGGAAGAAUAUAAAUCUGAACU